AGCGACCGCGCGGGGAGUGGGAGCCUGGCCGGCCGAGGCAGCGGAACCUGCCUAGCCUAGCAGCGGGGUUCCCCCGGGAGUGCGUGCGUGCCAGCGAGCGGGUUCUCCGGUCCGAUCCCGAUAAAUGAUGAAGUUGUGUGAAGCAUAAGGAUCCUCAAUUGUGGGAGUUCUCCACAACCACUGAUCACCACAAAGUAAAAAUUAUGACAGAACCCUCUGGCUGUGUCUGAAGAAUAAGACCACCACAGCCACCCAAAGGCCCAGGAUGGAUCUGCACCAAAGCACCACCAUCAUGCUCGUGGAGAAAUGGUGCUCUGACGAAUCACCGUCUGGCUGCAGGAGACAUUAUAACAUCAGGAAAAAACUGAAGUUGAUUCGUAUCGUAGGCCUUGUCAUGGGCCUGGUAGCCAUGAGCACUGUCCAAUUUUCAAUCAGUGCCUUCUCUGAGACAGACACGAGCAACCCAGGAGAGGCCAGCAUUAUAAGUGGCCCUGGGGUAGCACAAGGUCACUGGCAAAGAACUCUCUUAGAUUUAAAUGACAAGAUUCGAGAUUAUACUCCACAGCCACCGGUUACUCAGGAAGACAAUUCUGAGAACAGUACAGAGCAUGCUCAAGGAGACUACCCAAAAGACAUCUUUUCCCUUGAGGAGCGAAGAAGAGGUGCCAUUAUUCUCCAUGUCCUUGGAAUGAUCUACAUGUUCAUAGCCUUAGCCAUUGUCUGUGAUGAGUUCUUUGUUCCCUCGUUGACUGUCAUCACCGAAAAGCUGGGCAUCUCUGAUGAUGUGGCUGGAGCCACCUUUAUGGCUGCAGGGGGGUCAGCCCCAGAACUUUUCACAUCUCUCAUCGGGGUAUUCAUUGCUCACAGCAAUGUUGGCAUAGGCACCAUCGUAGGCUCAGCAGUGUUCAAUAUCCUCUUUGUGAUUGGCAUGUGUGCUCUGUUUUCUAGAGAAAUCUUAAACCUGACAUGGUGGCCACUCUUUCGGGAUGUCUCCUUCUACAUCGUUGACUUGAUUAUGUUGAUCAUAUUUUUUCUGGAUAACGUUAUCAUGUGGUGGGAAAGCUUACUCCUCUUGACAGCUUAUUUUGCAUAUGUGGUUUUCAUGAAGUUCAAUGUCCAAGUAGAAAGAUGGGUGAAGCAAAUGCUAAAUCGCAAUAAAGUCGUCAAAGUGACCACACCAGAAGCUCAAGCAAAGUCAUCUGCAGCUGGGGACAAGGAGGAGCCAGCUCUACCGACUAAGCCACGCCUCCAGCGAGGUGGAAGUUCUGCCUCCCUCCACAACAGUCUCAUGAGGAACAGCAUCUUCCAGCUUAUGAUACACACCCUGGACCCACUUGCUGAAGAACUUGGAUCAUAUGGAAAACUAAAAUAUUAUGACACAAUGACUGAAGAAGGGAGGUUCAGAGAAAAGGCUUCAAUUCUUCACAAGAUAGCCAAGAAGAAGUGCCAGGUGGAUGAGAAUGAGAGGCAGAAUGGGGCUGCCAAUCACGUGGAAAAAAUCGAGCUCCCCAACAGCACGAGCACAGAGGUUGAAAUGACACCGUCGAGCGAAGCUUCGGAGCCUGUGCAGAACGGGAACCUCUCCCACAGCAUCGAGCCUGCAGAAGCCCCGGCUACAGAGACAGCUGAGGAGGAGGACGAUCAGCCUCUUAGCCUGGCCUGGCCAUCCAACACCCGCAAGCAGGUCACAUUCCUGAUCGUUUUACCCAUCGUGUUUCCUCUCUGGAUCACCUUACCUGAUGUUCGCAAACCUACAUCCAGGAAGUUUUUUCCCAUCACCUUCUUUGGUUCCAUCACUUGGAUUGCAGUGUUUUCUUACUUGAUGGUAUGGUGGGCGCACCAGGUUGGAGAGACCAUCGGCAUUAGUGAAGAGAUAAUGGGUCUGACCAUCUUGGCUGCUGGAACCUCUAUCCCUGAUCUUAUCACCAGUGUCAUAGUGGCCCGGAAGGGGCUGGGUGACAUGGCUGUAUCCAGCUCUGUCGGAAGUAACAUUUUUGACAUCACCGUAGGGCUCCCUUUGCCCUGGCUGCUAUAUACCGUCAUCCACAAAUUCCAACCGGUGGCCGUCAGCAGCAAUGGCCUCUUCUGCGCCAUUGUCCUCCUCUUCAUCAUGCUACUCUUCGUCAUCCUCUCCAUUGCCCUCUGCAAAUGGCGGAUGAACAAAGUGCUGGGCUUCAUCAUGUUUGGUCUCUACUUUGUGUUCCUGGUGGUCAGCGUCCUCCUUGAAGACAGGGUCCUCGUAUGCCCUGUCUCCAUCUAGUGGGAAAAGCCAUAUCUUCAAACAACAGCAUGGAUGGUUCCUCCCGGCUCUGGACUCUGGGCUCCUUGCCAUCUGGAGAAGAGGCAGUUUGCCCAGGGCCCUAUAAGACAAGUGUCCCUCCCUAGGGGGUUGGAGGAGGGUGGAUUCACAUGGAGCCAUUUACUUGACAGGCACCUCACUCACCCUUGCCUGCUGAAAUGACUCCAUGUAAGAGACAAAGAGAACCGUCUCUCCAUUCACCACUGACAGGUACUCCUCGCUGGUCGGAGGUACAUUCACUGUAAUGAUGCAAACACGGACAGAAGCUACAUAUAUACAUAGAAGUAUACAUACUAUAAAUAUAGACACAUGAACAUACAAAUGCUGCCUGUUCUUGUACUAUACCUAUCCUCAUCUACCUAUAGAUCGACACAUAACUGUACACAAAAAGACAAACUAUAUAUAUAUAUAAAUACAUAUAUAUAUAUAUAUACAUAUAUAUAUAAGUACAAAUGCAUCUUUUCAGGGAUAGUUCUAGUAUAUUUAUAG